CUCUCUACUCUUGUUGCGGCUAGGGUUUCUCUCUCACUUUCUUUCUUCAUUCAGUUCUUCUAACACUUUUAGUUUUGCUUUUUACAGAUCUAUACAUACACACUAAUAAAACAUAUCCAUGGAUGAGGUGUUGAUAAGCUAGGGUUAGGUGGUCGCCUUUUUUGAGUGGGGGAUUCUUUCGAAGUUGGGAUUUCUUUGUGUGGUUUAUUGAGUUAUUAUAUUUAAGAAAUGGCGACCAUGAACCCGUUUGAUUUGUUGGGUGAUGAUGAUACUGACGAUCUAUCGCAACUGAUUGCUGCACAACAGAAAGUCGUUGCUACGAAGAAAGCGCCGACUCAGCCGACAGCUCAAACCAAGCAACAGCCCUUGGCUCAGCCUAAGGCGGCUAAGCUUCCUUCCAAGCCUCUCCCUCCUACUCAGGCUGUGAGAGAAGCGAAGAGUGAAACUGGUCGUGGAGGAGGCCGUGGAGGUGGACGUGGUUAUGGGCGUGGUCGUGGCAGCAGUGGAGGUGGAUAUAGGCGUGAUUCUACCAAUGAUGAGAACUCAUUCGGCACCAGUGGGGUCCCUGGUGGUCAAGGUGCUCUAGAAGAUGGAGAGGCUGGGAAGAACUCUGAAAGGCGUGGCUAUGGUGCACCUCGUGGUCCUUAUCGUGGUGGACGUCGUGGCGGUUUUAGUAAUGGCGAAGUUGGUGAUGAGGAACGCUCUCGUAGGACAUUUGAGCGCCGCAGUGGCACUGGGCGUGGAAGUGAAAUCAAACGUGAGGGGUCUGGCCGUGGGAACUGGGGAUCCCAAACUGAUGACAUCUCACAGGUGAAUGAGGAAGUUAUCAAUGAAAGUGAGAAGAAUUUGGGUGACGAGAAGCCCGCUGGAGAGGAAGAUGUGGCCGAUGGCAACAAGGACAACCCUGCUAAUGAAACUGAACAGAAAGAACCUGAGGAGAAGGAGAUGACUCUUGAGGAGUAUGAGAAGGUCCUGGAAGAGAAGAGGAAAGCCCUGCUGGCCCUUAAGACCAAAGAAAGAAAGGUUGACGCUAAGGAGUUUGCGUCAAUGCAACCACUCUUCAAUAAGAAAGGCAAUGAUGAUGUCUUUAUUAAAUUGGGUUCUGAAAAGGAUAAGCGGAAGGAGGCUGCUGAGAAGGAGGAGAAGGCGAAAAAGUCUGUCAGCAUCAAUGAGUUUUUGAAGCCCACUGAAGGGGAGAGGUAUUACAACCCCGGUGGUCGUGGUCGCGGACGUGGCCGUGGUUCAAGAGGAGGGUAUGGCGGGGGCAGUGCAAUGAGUAGUGUGUCAGCCCCUUCCAUUGAGGACCCUGGUCAGUUCCCAACCUUGGGGGCUAAGUGAGAUUGUCUAGAACCCCAUUUAAAUCUCUGUUGGUUUUUCAAAUUUUGGGUUCUUUCCUUAUAAUCAUGGUCAGGAAAUUGACUUGAAUAAUGUGGUUUCCUGUAUCAGAAGAGAUCUUUUUAAUUUUAUGCUUUAAAAUGUAUAUUUUAGGCGUUUCUUCA